CCUUCUCUUCCCUUCCUUCCCGGGCUGGCGGCGGCUGCGGGUGGUGGACCUGCAGAGCGGCGGUCGCCUACACCUCGCUCUCUCCUGGGCCGGCGGAUCCUUUUGUCUCUCCAAGCGGCGAAGGUCGCAGAGUCGGCGCGGCGGUUGCGGGCGCACAGACGCCCGUUCUAUUGGUCAUCUCCCCAGCCUCGGCCACCGCCGAACUUGAGCUCGAGAAGCCAGCGGAUCGCGUCCAGUUCCGGAGCCGGGGCAUGGUCUAGCAGCUCAGUCAAGCCUGUGCAUCAUCUGAUCCCCAGCAGUUCUGGUCCCCCUUGGCCUCUACUUGGCUCUAGGUUUAGUCUCCACUGCCAGCUGCCAUGGGCAAGCAGAACAGCAAACUGCGGCCUGAGGUGCUGCAGGACCUGCGGGAACACACAGAGUUCACCGACCAUGAGCUGCAGGAGUGGUAUAAGGGCUUCCUCAAGGACUGUCCCACCGGCCACUUGACAGUGGACGAAUUCAAGAAGAUCUACGCCAACUUCUUCCCCUAUGGCGACGCCUCUAAGUUUGCCGAACACGUCUUCCGCACCUUUGACACCAACAGCGAUGGCACCAUCGACUUCCGGGAGUUCAUCAUCGCACUGAGCGUGACCUCUCGGGGCAAGCUGGAGCAGAAGCUCAAGUGGGCCUUCAGCAUGUACGACCUGGACGGCAACGGCUACAUCAGCCGCAGUGAAAUGCUGGAGAUUGUGCAGGCCAUCUACAAGAUGGUGUCCUCCGUGAUGAAGAUGCCCGAGGAUGAGUCCACACCCGAGAAGCGAACAGACAAGAUCUUCAGGCAGAUGGACACGAACAAUGAUGGCAAACUGUCCCUGGAAGAAUUCAUCAAAGGUGCCAAGAGCGACCCGUCCAUCGUCCGGUUGCUGCAGUGUGACCCCAGCAGUGCUAGCCAGUUCUGAGGGGAACGGGCUUUCGGACAGUUGUGAGAAACACAGGCUUGACCUGCCAUCUUCAGCUUUGCUUGCAAAAGUGGAUUCCUCCGUGAUCUCUCCUGCUCUCCCGGGACCUGGGCCAGGCAGCACAUCACACCCACCCGACCUGGCCAGCCGCAACUCCCUCCUCUAUCUGAUCCGUCCGUUCGAUAUCCCUCCCCCUCCAGUCCAGGUUGGUUCCUUCCAAGGGUUCAAGUGUUCUCGGCUGCAGGGCUCCUCCCUGCCCACAGAGGGCCCGGAGGCCCUAAAGGACACCAGACACGACUUUUCAGUAUCCUACCAAGACCAGCUGAUUCAUUCUAUGAUCCCAGGUGACUUUGUGGGGAUGAAGAAGAUGGAGAGUAGACAGGCAAGCCCUUCCUGUGCAUGGCUCCACCUCCCUUGUUCAUUUUCUCUGACCAAAGCCGCUUGCACGUACAUACCGUGGUCUCCUUACUUUUAAUGUAUGAGUUAUGUGUAUGGUGAGAUGGACUCUAACGUUUAGCCCCUGUAUUUAAUGCCUCUGACUGCCUUUGAAGCAUGGUCCCCUGUGACCUGUGACCUCCCCCCACCCCACCCCAAGUCUGGCUGUGCUGUGGUAUUUAUGCAUUCGUGAUUUGCCUGAUUCCACAGGAGAUACAUGCAUGCCCAGGGCUGCGGACAUCUGCCCUCCGUGCUGCAAAUACAGGUGUUUCCGUGUGCUCCGUCCUCUUCUGUCGAUUGGUCUGGCAUAUUAAAAUGAUCAAAUAAACCAAGGCCUGCGAGUUUCCUG